AGUGGAGAACAGUGCGACUCCUGAACAAAUAAUGGCUGAGCCAAUCAGUGUUCUAGUGACUGGUGCUGCCGGACAGAUUGCCUACUCCCUUCUGUUCAGCAUCGCCAAAGGAGAUGUUUUUGGCAAAGAUCAGCCCAUUAUCCUGCUCCUUUUGGACAUUACGCCCAUGCUGCCUGUCCUGGAAGGGGUUGUCAUGGAGCUGCAGGACUGUGCCCUCCCACUUCUGAGAGAGGUCAUCGCGACUGAUAAAGAGGAAGUGGCCUUCAAGGACCUGGAUGCAGCCAUCCUGGUCGGCUCCAUGCCUAGAAAGGAGGGCAUGGAGAGGAAGGACCUGCUCAAGGCCAACGUGGCCAUCUUCAGGAGCCAGGGAGCAGCUCUGGACAAGUACGCCAAGAAGACGGUCCAUGUCCUGGUGGUCGGAAACCCCGCCAACACCAACUGCUUGAUCGCAGCCAAGUCCGCUCCUUCCAUCCCCAAGGAGAACUUCUCCUGCCUGACUCGUCUGGACCACAACAGGGCUUGCUCCCAGGUGGCCAUGCGCUGCGGUGUUCCCGCCACUCACGUGAAGAACGUCAUCAUCUGGGGGAACCACUCGUCCACUCAGUACCCAGACGUUCACCACUGCAAAGUCAGCAUGUCGAGCGGCGAGCUGGCCUGCUUUGAUGCGGUCAAGGACGACAGCUGGCUCAAAGGAGACUUCAUAGCUACGGUGCAGCAGAGGGGCGCCGCUGUCAUCAAAGCCAGGAAACUGUCCAGCGCCAUGUCUGCAGCCAAGGCAAUCUGUGACCACAUGAGGGACAUCUGGUCAGGAACGCCGGAGGGGGAGUUCAUCUCCAUGGGGGUCUACUCCACUGGAAACCCCUAUGGGGUCCCAGAAGACCUCAUCUACUCAUUCCCUGUCCAGAUCAAGGAUAAAGCCUGGAAAAUUGUGGACAGUCUGGCCAUCAACGACUUCUCCAAGUCAAAGAUGGACGCCACAGCGGCAGAACUGAUGGAGGAGCGGGACACAGCACUGGCGUUCCUGGCUGCAUGACUGGACCCAGCAGGACCAGACAGACCCAAAACUCCAGAAGCGCGCCUGUAACAAGUCACUCCAUCGGCCGGCAUCACUGUGUGAAGAUGGAUCCCUAUUUGUGUUUGAUCAGAGACACACAUGUUGGUAGAAAAUCUAAAGAUGUCUUUGAAGGAUGUGUGCGUGUCUCACACACAAGCACGCCAGAUGUUCAUCUGUUACACCUCCUUCCUGUAGGGGGAGGGGGUCAAUGGAUAAAUGUUACGUGGAGUCAAUGAUGCACUAAGACAUUCACUGAAAUGAAUAACUUAUGCAAUAAAAGUGUAAAUUCGU